AUGUCAUCAUCAUUAUCAACUGCACAAUUACUUUUUUAUAUUUCUCAACUAUUCACAAUUUAUGUUAGCUUUAUUAUUUUAUUUGCUGGCAUUUUUGGACAUAUUACAAUCAUUUUCAUUUUGACACGUUUUAAAAUUUUCCGCGGUAAUCCAUCUGCUUUUUUUCUUAUCACAGAAUCAAGUAUAGACUUACUUGAAUUGACUAUUAUAUUGACAUCUCGAAUUGCAAUAAAUGGAUUUCUCAAUGAUCUCACACAGACAUCAUUAGUUUGGUGUAAAUUAAGAGCGUUCUUUAUACAAUCUUUAACUCUUAUUUCACUUAGUAUUGUUUGUUGUGCUGCUAUUGAUCAAUAUUUAUCAACGAGUUAUUAUGCAUUUUUAAGACAAAAAAGUACAAUAAGAACAGCUAAAAUUUUUACAACUAUUACAAGUGCAAUAUGGAUUUUACAUGGUUCAUUAGCAUUCAUCUUCUUUGAUAUUCAAUCAACAUUAGGGUGUAAUAUAUAUACUCAUGAUUUUGUAAAUUAUGUUACAUAUGUCUAUUAUCUUAUACUUACCGGCAUUUUACCAAUUACUAUUUCGUCAUUUUUCAGUAUAUUGGCGUAUCAAAAUGUUCGUCGUAUUAUACGACGUGGUAUGCCUAUACGUCGACGAAAACUUGAUCAACAAUUGACAGCAAUGAUUCUUGCUCGAGUUAGUUUUCUAGACGCUAUGACAUUACCCUAUGUUUUACAGCGUAUUUACACACUUGCCGUGCCCACAAACGGUAGCAGUUCGAUUUCACAAGCCAUUAUACAAGUCAUCGGUACUGUUUUCAUUACAUUUUUUCAUCUUAAUUAUGCAGUACGUUAA